CUCUCAGCUGCCUGCUCCUCAGUGGUCAUGGCGUCUCCUCUCCUCUUGGGCCUCCUUGUCCUGUCCGUGUGUGUGUGCGGCAGUGUUGAGGUGAACACCAGUGCUAAACGGACCUGUAUGGAUAAGGUAGAGUGCGCCAACGGGAUUCUACUUCCUAUUUGGCUUCCUCAAGACCCACCGCUGCCCCAGAAGGUGAUUCGUGCGAUCAUCUACUUCCUGUCUCUGCUCUACAUGUUCCUGGGUGUAUCCAUCAUCGCUGACCGCUUCAUGGCUGCCAUCGAGGUCAUCACCUCACAGGAGAAAGAGGUCACCAUUACAGGUCCAAAUGGUGAACAGACAGUGACGACGGUGCGGAUAUGGAACGAAACCGUAUCCAAUCUCACUCUGAUGGCCCUCGGCUCCUCUGCUCCAGAGAUUCUGCUGUCAGUCAUAGAGGUGUGUGGGCAUGGCUUCAACGCGGGCGAGCUUGGGCCUGGCACAAUCGUUGGCAGCGCUGCCUUUAACAUGCUUGUUAUCAUCGCAAUCUGCGUGUCUGUGAUCCCAGAUGGUGAGGUGAGGAAGAUCAAACACCUGCGCGUGUUCUUCAUCACCGCAUCCUGGAGCGUCUUCGCCUAUAUUUGGCUCUAUCUUAUCCUCUCCGUCAUUUCUCCAGGGAUUGUUGAGGUGUGGGAAGCAAUGCUGACCCUCAUGUUCUUCCCCAUAUGUGUCAUGAUGGCAUGGAUCGCCGACCGGCGGCUUCUCUUCUACAAAUAUCUUCAUCGACGUUACCGAGCUGACAAACGCCACGGCAUCAUCGUGGAGACAGAGGGCGAUCUGGUGACCAACGGCAUUGACGUCAUCAUGGAGGGGAAAUUCCAUGGAAAUGCCAAUGGUGGCCCUAGCAACACUGCCAGCAACGUCACCAGCAUAGAGACAAGAAAAGACCCUGGGCAGGACCGUGAGGAGGUGAUUCGGAUGCUGCGCGAACUUCGGCAGAAAUAUCCAGAUAAAGACUUGGACCAGUUGAUCGAGAUGGCCAACUACUCAAACAUGCAGAAGCAACCCAAGAGUCGUGCGUUUUAUCGUGUACAGGCAACACGCAUGAUAAUCGGAGCUGGGAACGUGUUAAAGAAGCAUGCUGCAGCAGAACAGGCCAAGCGUGCAGGCCCGAACGCCAGCUCCAAUGAUGAUCUGAUGACUUGCGCACAUGUUGCCUUGGAGCAGGAUCGUUAUCGCUGCAGCGAAAACUGCGGCCAACUGAGUGUAUGGGUUACACUGUUGGGUGGUUGUGGGUCCAAAACAUUCCAGGUGGACUACCGGACUGAAAACGGCUCGGCCAAAGCUGGAGUGGAUUAUGAUUACUGUGAGGGAACGCUGGAGUUUCAACCUGGAGACACACGCAAAGAGAUAAAGAUUGGUAUCAUAGACGAUGAUGUCUUUGAGGAAGACGAGCAUUUCUUUAUCCGUCUCUCGAACCUGCGCGAGCCAGGGGUCGACGCCACAGAGGCCGCCCGAUUGGUGGAACCACUGCUCGCUACAGUAACGAUUUUAGACGACGAUCACGCAGGAGUCUUUUCGUUUGGGCGGUGCGAGCUCCUUGUUCCUGAGUGUGCGGGUGUCGCUGAAAUUACUGUCACUCGGGAGACGGGAACCCGGGGCACCGUGAUCAUACCGUAUCACACUGAGGAUGGAACGGCACACAGCGGAGUCGACUACCAACAAACGCAAGGCGAACUGGAGUUCAGUAAUGAGGAGAGCAGUAAGACAUUACAGGUGCCAAUCAUCAAUGUCCAGGAAUAUGAUAAGCGAGAAAACUUUUACAUCGUCCUUGAAGAACCUCGGUGGCUCAAGAGAGGAAUUUCAGAUUUGUUGUUGAAUCAGGGUGCUCCCAGUGCUGAGCAGGAAGAGGCGAGGAAGAUUGCUGAGAAGGGCCGGCCGAUUUUGGGGGAACACAGCAGGCUGGAGGUCAUUAUUGAAGAGAGCAUGGCCUUUAAGAUCCGCCAGGGAAUGGCCCCCAAUGGCAGGAUAGACCCGGUAGACAAGGCUCCACCCCUCUGCAUGAGACGUGUUCAUGGAUUGAACACUGUCGAUCGUCUGUUAAAGGACACUAACUUGGCUGAAGUAAUCGGAACACACACAUGGAAAGAACAAUUCAUUGAGGCUGUCACUGUCAGUGCAGGAGAGGGCGAUGAGGGCGAAGGGCCACGCCGGCCGUCCUGCUGUGAUUACUUUAUGCAUGUGAUGACUGUGUUCUGGAAGCUGACGUUCGCCUUCGUCCCGCCCACUGAGUACUGUAACGGCUGGGCCUGCUUCGUCGUCUCCAUCUUCGUCAUUGGCUUCCUCACCGCAGUCAUCGGAGACCUGGCAUCUCACUUCGGCUGCACCGUGGGGCUGCGGGACACCGUCACAGCUGUGGUGUUCGUCGCCCUCGGCACAUCCAUCCCGGAUACCUUUGCGAGUAAAGUUGCAGCUGUUCAGGAUCAGUACGCUGACGCUUCAGUGGGAAACGUGACAGGCAGCAACGCUGUGAACGUCUUUCUGGGGAUCGGCCUGGCCUGGUCCAUCUCAGCCAUCUACUGGGAGGCCAAAGGUCAGGCAUUCCACGUGGAUCCGGGCUCGCUGGCCUUCUCCGUCACACUAUUCACCAUCUGCGCCUUCAUUAACAUGGGUGUGCUCAUGCUGCGGCGACGCCCCUCAGUGGGCGGAGAGCUGGGUGGGCCCAAAACCAUUAAGAUCCUCACGUCCAUGCUGUUCAUUGGCCUGUGGCUCCUCUAUAUCACCUUCUCCAGCCUGGAGGCAUACUGUCACAUAACAGGCUUCUGAGAAAACACACUUUAUACACUUUUAUAAACGAUUGGGUCAUCAGGAAGACUCAACCGAGAAGCCUUCUUCACCGUCAUCUUCUUCACCAUCAUCAGCUUCAUAUACAGUGGUGGAUAAACUCUGACACUUUAUUUUGUAACCUGUUAUAACAGGACAUAAUCAUCCCUUAGAAGAGGAUGAACGAUCCUAAACAAACACAUAUUGUAUAUUUCCCAUGACUGAUAUUUACACUUGAACGUGAACCAAUGAACGGAAGAACGAAUGAAUGGAACUAAAAAAUAAUGAUUUCUUUCAUUAUGGAUGUUGUAUGAUUGUAAUAUUUAACCAUUUAAAUGCAUAUAGCACUAAACACAUGUCAGAAUUAUUAACUACUAGUAAAAACCAUGACUCCUGUUUCCUGGUAUUCUUAUAAAAUGUUAUAAGACUUUGGAGAACAUUUUAACUCAGUAGCUCAUGUUGUUUUUAAUAAGAAAUAACCCACAGUGUACAGUUUGUCAUUCACACAAUCAGUUCGUUAUGAUUUUACACUAAAGAGGGGCUUCAAAAUGUGUCUUGCCUAGAUCUUAUAAUAUUGUUACUACUUGAUUAGCAUUAAUGCAAAUUCUGGAAAAUGGGAAGUAUGGCAUCCCACAAGGUUCUGUUCUAAGUCCCUUACUGUUUUUCUUUUAUAGCCCGAACCUUCUCCCCCAUCCCCCCCACCCCCAUUUUCAAAACUUUUUCUCAUUUUUCUCUCUCUCUCUCUCUCUCUCUCCAUUUUUUUCUCCUUCCUCUCCCCUCCUCUCUCUUUUCCAUGUCCUCCUCUUUAGACCUUAUGUGGUUGCUAGUUGAUUACCAUUAAUGGAUAUGCUUCCAGUAUGGUGUCCUUCAAGGAUCUGCAGUAUUUUAGGCCCCUUGCUGAUUUCUUAUUUUUAUUUUUAAUUCACAAACAUGAUGAUGGCUUUCAUGAUUCUGACAACACAAGUAUAUCAAAUAUCAAAAUGUAUCAGUGCUGCUGCACAAAAUAGGAGACAGGUUUAUAUAUAUAUAUAUAUAUAUAUAUAUAUAUAUAUAUAUAUA